UUGACCCUAACAAGCACCCGUAUGUGGUUCGUUUGGGAACCUGUUCGUUGCGCGGCUCGUAUCGAUGCAGCAGACCGGGGUCAUCCCAGUGCUCCAGUCCCCACACAGCGCCUGUGUUUGGCCGGAACAGACCACUCCACCACCGGACACGACCGGCGCGCAGGGACCGGCGGGCACCGCGGAGGGGUCUGUGUGUGUGCGUUGCCGUCUGAACAAGUCAUGGCCGACCAAACUCCUCUGCAGCAAGGAGACCCGCUGCUGACGAAGCCCCCCGAGCCGAGCCUCCCCAACGGGAAAGAAGCCCCCAAAGACGUCCUGCACGCCAGAGGCCAGUGGGCGAGUAAGGCCGAGUUCCUCCUGGCCGUGGCGGGGCAGAUCAUCGGCCUCGGCAACGUCUGGAGGUUCCCGUACCUCUGCUACAAGAACGGUGGAGGUGUGUUCUUCAUCCCUUACCUGUUGUUCCUGGUGCUGUGCGGCAUCCCGCUCUUCCUCCUGGAGACCUCGCUGGGACAGUACACAAGCCUGGGAGGUGUCAGCGCCUGGAGGAGCGUCUGCCCUUUGUUUGGAGGGCUUGGUUACGCCAGCCAGGUGAUUAUCCUGCAUGGCUGCGUGUACUACAUCGUCAUCCUGGCGUGGGCCGUCUUCUACCUGGCGCACAGCUUCCAGGCCGAGCUGCCGUGGUCGCACUGUAACAACACGUGGAACACCGAGUCGUGCGUCUUGUUCAACCACCUCAACCAGACCAAUGCGAGCAGCCUGCCCGAGAACGCCUCUUCCCCCGUCAUGGAGUUUUGGGAGCGGGAGGUGCUCCGCCUGUCCAGCAAUUUGGACGAGCUGGGUCCGGUCAGCUGGAAGUUGGCUCUGUGUCUGGCCGUCGUCUGGCUCGUCUGUUACUUCUGCGUCUGGAAGGGAGUCAAGUCCACUGGAAAGGUAGUGUACCUGACAGCCACCUUCCCAUAUGUCAUGCUGUUUGUGCUGCUGGUGCGCGGUGCCACCCUGCCCGGAGCGACACAGGGCAUCAUUUACUACCUCAAACCCAACCACACCCGCCUGGCAGACCCACAGGUAUGGAUGGAUGCCGGUACCCAGGUUUUCUUCUCCUACGGAAUCUGCUUGGGAAGUCUCACAGCCCUGGGAAGCUACAACAAAUACAACAACGACUGCUACAAAGACUCCUUCAUGCUGUGCCUCCUGAACAGCACCACCAGCUUCCUGGCGGGUUUCGCCAUCUUCUCGGUGCUGGGCUUCAUGGCGGAGGAGCAGGGCGUGGACAUCGCCACCGUGGCCCAGUCAGGGCCUGGCCUCGCCUUCAUCGUCUACCCCAGAGCUGUCUCCAUGAUGCCGCUACCUCAACUCUGGGCUGUCUGCUUCUUCCUCAUGAUUAUCAUGCUGGGGCUGGACACACAGUUUGUGAGUCUGGAGGCCCUGAUGACGUCGGUGACUGACCUGUACCCGCAUCUGAUCAGACGAGGUCACCGCCGAGAGCUGCUGCUGCUGUUUGUCUGCGUCGUCUGCUUCCUGAUGGGGCUGGUCAUGGUCACGCCGGGAGGUCUGUAUGUGUUCCAGGUCUACGACCACUUCUCGUGCAGCGGAGCCAGUCUGCUGCUCCUCUCCAUCUGCCAGUCUGUGGCCAUCGGCUGGGUCUACGGAGCCGAUCGCUUCAGUGCCAACAUCAAGGAUAUGACCGGCUACACCCCCCUGCCCGUCUUCAAGCUGUGCUGGAAAUACUUGACCCCGGCUGUGUGCACUGCCACCUUUGUGUUUUCACUGGUGUGUUGGGCUCCGCUGACCCUGGGGAAGGGCCUGGUCGCUCCGCUCUGGGCCACCACGCUGGGCUGGAUCCUCACCCUCUCAUCCGUCUCCCUGCUUCCCUUCUGGGCCAUUUACGCCCUGGCGACCACCCCGGGGUCCCUCACACAGCGCUUCCAGCAUCUGUGCAGACCGGCCAAACUCUCAUCCUCCCACCACCUCCCCACCAACACCUCCCCACUGCCCUACAGCCCCGGACUGCCGCUCACCAAGAAGCCCAAGCAGCCGAUUGCAGAUGUCGAUCGUUUGAGCUGACGGUAGAGUCAACGACGAUGUAACUUGGGAUGCUGCUUAGCCAAUCAGGUGGGGAGAAGUUCGGGAGGGUCGAGGUUAGCGUUAAUGCGGCUUGAAUUAGAGAUUAAACAGCCACAAAACAAUCUACGCUCAAGGUCUACUUUCUCACUUUAUAUGUAGUUUUCAACCACAUCGUAUAAUCUUGAAAGGUGAUGUUCAUAUUUUUAAAAUAUAUGUCCAGCCUCAGCAUAUUCCAGACCUCUUUCCCACUUUGGUGUUAAGGUUUCUGAAAGCUCUAGAAUACACAUCUUAUUGGACCUUGAGUGGCUGAUCAACACUUGGUGUGAUAAGAACUACCUAAAAGGACAGAAACAAACUUUACUGGGUCCUUUCCACUAACAUGGCAGAGGCCAGAUUUAUGACCUGUACCGCAGCCAGCCCCCCCGCUUUGGCUGCACUUUUGUGGGAGCAGAUUUAUCGUCCAUCUUUAUAUACAGUCUAUGGUUUAUCUGCACUGAGCCUGUUGUGGUAGCCUGUGUCCUCAGCUUUAGCUCUGAUUCUCCACUUAAUGUUUCCUUCUCGUUGGGUUUGGGUGCAGGUCUCAUCUGAAGUGACUCUGUGAGUCAGACUGGUUUCACACACUGGGUUUUGUCUGGACUUUUUUUCUGGAUGGUGCUUCGGUCAUAUCGUGGAUUUCCAAUGGUUCAUACUACGCCUUACACAAGAUCUCAAUUUAACAAAUGUAUCUUUUUACUGCCAAUAUAUCAAAGGAUCUAACUUCAGUUUUCUUGACAACGUUAAGAGCUGAACGGACAUAGUUACUCAUCAUGGACACUGUUUCAUCAAUUGCACUUACUGUAUCUGUUUUCACUCUCUUGUCGUAUGCGCAGUUUGUGCAAAAGUAAAAGUGUUUGUGCGUCUUUUGCACUGCACCAAAAAUAAACAAGCUGCCGACAUAAACAGUAAAUAUAUGAAUAAAAUACUACAAACUGCUGAUGAUAUGGAGAAAAACAGAUUUUUCUUAUUCUAUCCUACAAGCUUACUCUUAAAAUGGAUUUUUUUUAAACAAGAAAAAAGUCUUAUUAAAGCUGCAAAAGAACUCCUAGCACUCCGGUGAUGAUUCUUACUUGAGCGUGACCAAGAAUGUCCUCUAUGCUGCGUUGCAAUGUUAAUGUUGAAGAUAAAUAAGUUCCUUGUGCAAACUGCUGGUUUUUUUCAGCCGUGGAUCAAAUGUUUUGAAGUUUUCGUCUGAGAUUAAUUUACAGAAAAGCAAAGUGAUAAAUCCCAUCUGGUGUCUUUUUUUGUAUAUGCUAUCAUUUUUAUAGGUGCUUACAUACAAGUGCCUCUUUAUUGUAGGACGAGCUUCUUUUGUAUAUGUAUCAUUAUUUUAUUUUUCUCAAUGAAUAUAUAUUUACGUUGUGGAUAAAAGAGGUUGUGUUGACUCA